GCACGGAGUGGGGCUGCGUGAAUCUGAAGUGCAACGCGGGGAGGGCGCAUUCCCGAGUCGCCGCCGCCUCCGGCGAAGACCAUGAGGGGGCUGGCGCAGCUUUUCUUCUCUUUCUUGCUGUGCCUCGGCAAGAUAAAAGUUGCUGCUUCUUGUAAUGAAUGCAGAUCAAUAACUUGCGUAGAAGCAUCAGAAACAGGAAUCAAGUUACAUGGCAACUUUACAAUAACUCAUCUAACUUUUGCAAAUGGAACAGAGGUUAAAUCUCCACCAUGGAACAACUCAAUAUCUGGACUUGAACCUGGCAGGCAAUAUAUUGUUAAUUUUACAAAUUCUGCUGAAAGUGAACAGAAUUCUACUUCAUGCUCUGAGUACAUCACAACAAAGCCAAGUCCAGUUUCUCAACUCCACGUUGAAAACAUUGGUACUACGGCAGUAACAUUAAAGUGGAACAAUACUGAUCUCGAUGCUUCUAACUACACUUACAAAAUACAAAUAGACGGAAAUGGCACUGUCAGAGAAGAAAACAUUACUGGCAUCAGUACAGUAAUUAACAACUUAGAACCUGGAACAUUGUACAAAUUCAUAAUAAUCCCAGUAGCAGCUGAUGGUGAAACUGAAGGAGACCCAAAAGAUACAACUGUUUAUACAAAGCCCAGUCCAGUUUCUGGCAUCAAGAUUGAAUACAAAAAUACCACCACUGUGAAUUUAAGUUGGAAAAAUGAUGAUCCAAAUGCUUCUAACUACACUUACCGAAUACAAGUAGAAGGAGCUGGUGCUUCAAGGAAUGAAGUUUCUAACACCACCAGCGCAGCAAUUCAUGAUUUGCAACCUGGCACAUUGUACACUUUCAAAAUAUAUCCACUAGGAGAUGGGAAUCAAACUGAAGGAGACCCAAACAGUACAUCUACUUAUACAAAGCCAAGUCCAGUUUCUCAAUUCCUCGUUGAAAACAUUGGUACUACGGCAGUAACAUUAAAGUGGAACAAUACUGAUCUCGAUGCUUCUAACUACACUUACAAAAUACAAAUAGACGGAAAUGGCACUGUCAUCGAAAAAAACAUUACUGGCAUCAGUACAGUAAUUAACAACUUAGAACCUGGAACAUUGUACAAAUUCAUAAUAAUUCCAGUAGCAGCUGAUGGUGAAACUGAAGGAGACCCAAAAGAGAGAACUGUUUAUACAAAGCCCAGUCCAGUUUCUGAUAUCAAGAUUGAAUACAAAAAUACCACCACUGUGAAUUUAAGUUGGAAAAAUGAUGAUCCAAAUGCUUCUAACUACACUUACCGAAUACAAGUAGAAGGAGCUGGUGCUUCAAGGAAUGAAGUUUCUAACACCACCAGCACAGCAAUUCAUGAUUUGCAACCUGGCACAUUGUACACUUUCAAAAUAUAUCCACUAGGAGAUGGGAAUCAAACUGAAGGAGACCCAAACAGUACAUCUGCUUAUACAAGGCCCAAUCCAGUUUCUGACAUCAAAAUAGAACACAUCAGUAACGCAACAGUGACUUUAUCUUGGACAAAUGCUGAUCACAAUGCUUCUGACUACACUUACCGAAUACAAAUAAAAGGAACUGGUACUCCCAGGAAUGUAUCUUCUAACACUACCAGUGCAGUAAUUAGUGACUUGCAGCCUGGCACAUUAUACACAUUCAGUAUAUAUCCACAAGUAGAUGGUGGUAAUACUGAAGGAGACCCAAACAGUACAACUGGUUAUACAAAGCCCAAUCCAGUUUCUGACAUCAAGAUUGAAUACAAAAAUACCACCACUGUGAAUUUAAGUUGGAAAAAUGAUGAUCCAAAUGCUUCUAACUACACUUACCGAAUACAAGUAGAAGGAGCUGGUGCUUCAAGGAAUGAAGUUUCUAACACCACCAGCACAGCAAUUCAUGAUUUGCAACCUGGCACAUUGUACACUUUCAAAAUAUAUCCACUAGUAGAUGGUAAUCAAACUGAAGGAGACCCAAACAGUACAACUACUUAUACAAUUCCUAGCUCGGUCUCCAGCAUUAAUGUUACAGAUGUCAGUACAACAAUGGUCAACUUAUCAUGGGAAAACCUUGAUGUAGCUUCUAGUAAUUAUUCCUACAGGAUACGCAUCAGUGGGGAUGUUAAUAAGAAUCAGACCUCUCAAACUACUAGUGCUGAAAUUUCAGAGCUAAACCCUGGUACUAAGUAUGCAUUCAGCAUAUAUUCAGUAGCAAGAAAUAACACCGAAGGAAGUCCAAACAGCAUAAAUCAUUGUACAAAUCCAGCAUCAGUGAAUAAACUGGAAUGUCAGGCAGUGCCUAAGCUGCCAGAAUUGACUCUAAAUUGGACUUCUCCAAAUGGGACAUAUGAAGGCUUCAGAAUUGACGUCUUAAAUAAUGUUUGGAACAAAACGCUUAACAAGGAAUACCAGACCACUGUAACACAUUUGAAUUACUUUACCAGUUAUACCAUUGAAAUUGUAACCCAUUCAUGUGGGAAAGUCAGCCUCCCUCAGCAAACAACAUGCCGUACAAGUAUCACUGAUCCCCCACAUCCAUCUGUGGCCCCUACUGUUACAGGAACUACCCAUAAGUCUUUGAAAGUUCAAUUCAAUAGCUUUAAUUCAACGUAUGGACCUAUAACAGCAUAUGCAAUAAUAAUUACAACUUUGAAAAGUAUAGAUAAAAUCCUUAAGGAGUCCUUGAUAUAUACAUAUAAUGAUUUCCUCAAUAAGAAAACAAACACUUAUGUUGCAUAUGUCAAAGAUGAGCAAAAGCGUUCAUCUUCCUCCUCCAACAGUCAGCAGCAUGAUAUUGAAGUAGGAGAUGGAUUAGAAACGCAUGGUUAUUUGAAUGGGAAGUUACAGCCCCUUGGUUCAUACAGGGCAUGUGUUGCUGGUUUCACUCAGAUCGCCUAUUCAAAUGAUACAGUUGAACUCAUCAAUGUAGAAAAGAGCUACGUCUCAUUUUCACCCAUUUCAGAGGUUGUUACCUUGCCUCAGAACCCAGAUGUCAUCAUAGGAGCUGUCGUUGGAUGUAUUCUGGGUGCUGUAGUUAUUGCUGCAGUAGUAGGAUUCAUCUUCUGGAAAAAGAGAAGGAAUGGUGGAAAAAAUAACGAAGUGCCAUUUUCUCCAAUUGAAUCAAAAUUGCUUAAGGUUGAAAACUUUGAGUCUUAUUUUAAGAAACAAAAAGCUGACUCAAACUGUGGGUUUGCAGAAGAGUAUGAGGAUCUCAGGCCAGUUGGUGCAAAUCAGCCCAAAUUUGCAGCUGAACUGCCAGAUAACAAAGGAAAAAAUAGAUAUAAUAAUGUCUUGCCAUAUGAUAUUUCUCGUGUUAAACUUGCAGUCCAGAACCAUCCAACUGAUGAUUACAUUAAUGCAAACUACAUGCCCGGUUACAACUCCAAGAAAGAGUUCAUUGCUGCACAAGGUCCUUUGCCCAGCACAGUGCAAGACUUCUGGCGCAUGAUCUGGGAGAAGAACAUUUAUACAAUUGUUAUGCUGACUAAAUGCGUUGAACAAGGCAGGACCAAAUGUGAGGAGUACUGGCCAAACAAACAAUCCAAGAACUAUGGAGACAUAACAGUAGCCAUGACCUCAGAAAUUGUCCUUCCAGAGUGGACAAUAAGAGAUUUCUCCAUGGAAAAAAGCGAAUCAUCUGAAAGUCACCCUGUGCGACAAUUCCACUUCACUUCCUGGCCAGAUCAUGGUGUUCCAGAAACAACUGACCUCCUCAUUAGCUUCAGGCACUUAGUUCAAGAAUACAUGAAGCAGAAUCCACCAACUUCUCCUUCUUUAGUACACUGCAGUGCCGGGGUUGGAAGGACGGGAACUUUCAUUGCAAUUGACCGUUUGAUCCAUCAAAUGGAGAUGGAGAACUCAGUAGACGUAUAUGGUGUUGUAUAUGAUCUUCGAAUGCAUCGGUCUUUAAUGGUGCAAACAGAGGACCAGUAUGUCUUCCUAAACCAGUGUGUUUUGGACAUUAUUAAGUCCCAGAAAGAGAAGAAAGCAGACCUUAUAUAUCAGAACGCAAAUGCCAUGGCAAUCUAUGAGAACUUUACACCAUCACCACAUAUUAGGAAGGAAAAUGGCUACCACGUAUAACUGCAGAGGAAUUACAUGGUUCCCACUUAUGCCUUUUACACAGGAGAGGGACUAUGCACUGUUUUUGUAUGUCUUUAUAUGCAGUGACUUUUUUCCACUUUUUAAAUAAUUGAUUGGAAGAUGCACGUGUUGAAAAUUCCAAUAGGAACAGUGGUUUCUCUAUAAUACUAAAGGGGAAAUAUAUGGCAUUUUACAGAGAAAUUCUGUUUGAGGAGGGUGAAGAAGCAUCAUAUUAUUGAUGGAAUUAACUCACUUUAAAUCCCUGUUCAAACUUCAAAAGUAAUGAAUGACAAGAUACUUUUUAAAUUACUUUAAAAAUCAUGUUCAUGUUCAGACUUACAGGACACUGAUUCUAUCCUAAAUAUUUCAGAAAUGUUUGUUUGUGUGUGUUGGUUGCUUUAACCAAUGAACAUCUAUAUAACAGUGACUGUUCAAGUUCCUUUUAUUUAAAAAAGGAACACAACAACCUUUUGCAAAUAAGAAUAUUUUAUUAUGCAAUUGUGCCUUUUUUCUAGCUAUUUUGCUAAAGACAACGUGAUCAGAGUUCUAUAUUUUUGUAUUGAAAUUCUCAGUUGAAAUAUAACAUUUUAAAUAUAAUUAAUUUCAAUUUCUUAUUUAGAAUAGCUUUGCUGAUUCUUCCCUUUAUGGUGGGGGCAACCCUUUCUGUGUAUUUUCCUUUAGUCUGCAAAGACUUUGCUGUAGAGUUAAUUCACUUGAUCAUGUGAGGACAGCAGCAAUCGUGUAAUACCUUGGCUGUAUAAAUAUAGCUUUCUUAAAUGGUUAAGCUGACACUUGCCAAGUUUGGGGUUCAUUUUCAUGCAUUGAAAAAUAUUUCUUGUUUCCAGAAGAAAUUAACAUUUGCUGCAAGCCUUCUUUCAAUGCCCUUUUGUACCCCUGACUGAUGCCACUUCACAGCACCAUUUUCCUUCACAGCAUCAUGGGCCUCAUUUGCUCUCUCUGCCUUUUAAUCUGAUUGGCAAUAGUGACCCAUUCAGUUUUGUCUGAUGUCAUAACUCUGCUUCUGAUAUGUCUGUACACAUAAUCAUGUGAAUUGCUACAAGCAAGCAACCAUUCAGGUUAAGCAGCCAUGAGGUUGAGGUCAAUGAGAGCAAACUCAAGGAAAGUGGUGAAGAUUUGAAGUGGAAGCUGCCAGUGGAACAAAAGCGUAACAAAAGCAUUAAAAAAUGUGAAUGUUUUGAGAUGAGUGGGUUUUUUUUCCUUUAGUAAUUAGUUCUGCUUUGUGAAAUAUGCAAAUUUCAAAGCAAAAAUAGAAAUUAGAGGUUGUUCCAGUUCGUACAAUUGCCACAGCCUACCCUGGUUUAUUUAAGCCAUGGUGAGUUGCGGCAUGUACCACCAGCCAUUGUGAAUAUUCAAGCUGCAGUUUGAAUAUGAUCACCGCAGCUUAUCAUGAUGUCUGAACCUGGCAAGGGUGGUCUAUUGCCAUGGUUAACAAACCACCCGCAAUCCAUGGGCUGUUUUUGGUUUGGGGUGGUUUAUUAACCAUGGCAACAACCCACCCUUGCCUGGUUCAGAUGUCACAAUAACCUGUGGUGAGCUGCAGCAGUGGCGUCACAUGUGGACCAGCCCAGAUUAUGUAAAUACAGUAACCAUCAAUACUUGUGAUAACAGGACUGCUAACUAUGCACUGACUACCUAAAAACUUGACACGGUGACUCAAACUGCCUGGAGAAGCAGUCAUCUGUAGCCUCCAGUAAGUCCAGCAUUACCAUGCACCCACUCCUCACAUCCUCAGGUCUCAGAACAGUUGCAGGAGAGUAAUUUUGCUGGGUUCACCAUGUGCAAAAAAGCUACAGGCAACAACGGUUAGAACCAUCCUGUUUGUAACUUUGAAUGCUGACAGUGCAGUUAGCAAUUCAUCCAGACCAUAAGGUUAACACUUGAUAGCUGUCACUUUAAUUGAUCUUGAGGACUGACCCUUAGUGGUGUCAUUAGGGGAAGAGGAGAGCUAUGUAUCUCUCUGAGCUUUUAACUAUUGUUUCCUUUGUGUGAGAGUGUUGUACGUGUUGUUGGUGAGAGGAGGGCCCUCUCUAUUCUGGCUGAUAUUUUUGUGUGUGUUCCUGUAUGUGAUAAGGAUUUAUUUAAAAGUGCAAUAUCUGAUUUACUGAAUGAAUUAUUGUCUCUAUUUCCAUAGAGUUUUACUCAGGUUCAGUGUCUCUUCCUUUUUGUUCUGUGGUUUAUGUUCUUAAAACGUAUAGUUUUUGGAAAACUGAAGAACUCCUAUGGUGGAGUGAUCCCAGGAAGGUUCAUUGACUUUAUUCUAAUUUUAUCAAAAUAAAUGUACAAAGAUCUACUGAUUCUGCCAACUGCAGAAUAUCUUUUAGCCAGUUAAACUGAGGUAUAUAUUUUUAAUGUUGUUGCGUAUCAAAGAUAUAUAAUUGCUCUAUCAUUUUUGUUUGUUUGCAUUAUGCUGCUGUAGUUGUAAUGGAUACGAUUAAUGAAAAUGGAAGGGUUCUCCAUUAAAUUAAUUUUGUUGGUACACUGAUGUUAAAACUAUGAAGGCAUUCUUAAUGAAGGACUUGUGGUUUGGUAAAUGGGAGGGGGUGUUAUUUCUUUUAGUCAAUGCGCUGGCAGCAUUAGAAACUGGUAUGAUCUUUGAGUGUAUUAUAGAGCUAUCUAUAAAGUAUUUUAGUAUUCUGGGUUCCACUCCUCAGCUUUCUUUUGGUGCAAACCCCCUUUGAAUGACAUUGAACUUAUGCAGGCAAAAUGCUGAAGGUAAACUAUACUUCAUCAAUCUGGAAUAUCUGAAAGUUUGUGAGGCAAAAUCUGCUGUACUUUUUUGAGUUGGAUCACACUAAAUUGGGGAAAAUGGUUUCCCAGCCUGUUCUGCUUCUACAGAAGUCCAUAAUGUGUGGAUUUUUUUAUAUCGGGUAGAAUGGCAUCAGGUUUUGGUGUGUUGGACCAAAUACUUUCUUCUUCUUUUUUUAAAUGGAAAGAGGGAAUCCAUCUAUUUCAUACAUGCCACAUUCCAGUGUAAGAAACUUCUCUGUAUAAUUAAGCAAGUCAAACUUAUAUAUUGUAUAUUAGAAAUGUAAGACUUAUCUCAUGUCACUGAUCUGUGAAAAAAAUCCUAGUCAUUCAAUAACUGAUGCUAAUGGUGCAUGCAUUUUGAGAUAGCUGCAGUUAGCAUACAAAUAAAUAAAAACUUAAGAACUUUCCUUUUCAGGAGUAGUUUCUGAUAAAAACAACAACAUGGCCUAUUGGUUUUUACCUGUCCAUGACUGCUGGGUCUAAAAAGUUAUAAGAGUUGAUGUCUAUUUCCAAUAAAAUAAAUGACAUCCUCUCUAAGCAAGUAAAUAUUCUUAAGAGCGGUAUGCCUAAAGUUUGUACUAGUGAAUACAUUGGUUAAAUCAGUGGCCCAAAGAUCGAGGUAAGCAAUUACAUUUCAUGUAAGCUCAAUUCAUUGCAAGGUCUAGGACUUGGACAAAGAAAAUAGGGAGGAGAGGGGAGAAAAGGUACUGUAUGGUCUUCGCUUAGAUUUCCCCCCUACUUCCUUCCAAAUAAUCCCUUGCUGCCCACACUCCAUGAUGAUGAUGACGAUGGUGAUGGAUGCUACUAGGCUGUUCUCUCUGACAAUUACAUUUAAUGGAAGGCAACUGUGCCCAGCUGCAAUUAACUACACUUGGGCCAGGGUCAGGCAGGGAUAGUCAGUCUAGCAAACAUUACUGAUUGCAAAUCACUCUCAGAGGCAUUCUCACUGUGGAGGAAAAUGUGUUUUAGUUUAUGUUUUAACAACCCAAUUCCAAACAUGGGCACCUGAUUACCUGCCUCUAAUGGGAAUAUAACGUCAUGGUCUGGGAUAUCGCCUUAUCCCCAUUCUAAGCACUUGUUUUCUGGCAGGCCUUGCCCUACUAUUAGAGUGAAGUAGCUCACAGCAGACAGCAGAUUUGGGGGGGGGGCAGCAAUAAAGGGCAGCUAAUUGUCAAUUGUUUAGUGUAUUGUUUUUACCACUAGGGGGGCCCUAUUGGUUUUUCUAGGGAACCAAAUUGCCUUGGUCUGUUUUUUUGCUAGUGUGGAGGCAGGCCAGCUGGAUACCUAACAAAAGUGGCUUGAAUAGGAAUAGUUUCUCACUGGUCUGCUUGUUAUAUAAGUUCCUUUUGAUCUAGGCUUUGAAGUUAUCAACAGCACCUCAGAGUGCAUCAUUAAUGUUGCUGUGAGUGUUCAAAACAUCCAUUCCUGGCCUUAAAACUGGGAGUAGCAACCUAAGGGUCAGGUUUCAAAGAAAGGACAGAACCAUGCCAUGCGAGUUGGAAUUUUGCUUGCUGUUUUUGCCACAGUAGUUCCCACUGCCAAAGAGAGAAGCUGCUGUGACAUUUAAAAAGCAGCUAGUCUGGGAGUAAGUCCUAUUGCGAUCAGUGGGACAUACUGCUCAUAAGUAAGAUUUCACUAUCAAGCAGUGGGAACUAUUGCAGCAGCAAAAUAAAGCAAAAGCCCUAUGGCUCUCCCUUCUUUGAAUGCUUGUCAAGAUUUUCAACUUGAUGUGUUUUCUUCAUUUGAGGCCUAAUUUUAAAAAGGGAGUCUUUUUGUGCAUCAGAUGUUGUUAUGAUUGUGUGUUCAAGUUAAGUAUAAUUUUCAGUGUUUCAUCCAUUGUACAGAUGUUCGCAGUACGUUGUCCUUAAUUUUAAUAGUUUGAUUGUCUUUUCAGUGACAUAAAAGUAACUAAAUAAAAU